AUGAACACUGUCGAACAAGGAUACACCCAUCUGUCCCGUGAGCUCCUGCAGUCAUUUUUGCCAGUCACCAGUCUAGUUGGCUUUUCGCUUCUCAGCCUCAUUCUCAUCCACCGCUAUAUCAAACAUCGUCGUCUGAGGGCACACAUCAUCCCUGCAUCUGAAUUCAAACAAAAUCAGCAAGACUUCUGGCUCCAGUCUACCAUGGAAAAGGGAGAUCUCAUCCCAUCGGCCUCGUGCCCUCUAUCUGCUUGUGAUAUCCUGCAACCUUUAUCCCAUACAAGCCUCCUCCCGAGCAGUGGAGUUCUCGCUGCACAAGUCAGAGAGCAGCAAAGUGCAUCUUCCAAUGCUGCUUUACCAGAUGCCGAGGUCCAGAAAUGCAAUGAAUCGGUCCAGCAAAUGUGUGAUGAGGAUGCCGAGGGAGUGCGGACUUGGAAGCGUGUUGUUGUUGAGUAUAGAUAG